GUUAGUUCACUGUCUUAUGAUAGAAAGGAUGGAAAGGAAUUAUACUUUUACUGGUGAUUUCAGUCCUGAGGCAGUAGCAGGAGUUCUUAGUAUUGAGAUGAUAUUAGCUCUCAUAGCUAAUGGUGUUGUACUAGUCAUUACUAUUUAUCAAAGGAAGUCUUGGAAACAAUCAUCAACAAUAUUCUUUACUUCUCUCAUACUGGCACACCUUGUAUUGACACUCUAUCUUCCUUUCUUCAUUGCUGCAUUAGCUGCUGGUGAGUGGAUCAUUGGUAGUACUGAUGGGGAGAAGAAAGCAACCUGUGAUUUCAAUGGUUUUAUAAUAAUCCAUUCUGGCUAUGUGAUGCUCAUGACUCUAAGUCUUAUAUCAAUCGAUCGGUUCCUUUUUAUUGUAAAGCCUCAUCUCCACAAGCGGUUCAUGAGUCCAAGGGUAGCUCUGGUCCUUGUCAUUAUUGUGUGGAUAGUCACUGCUCUCUUUUUCUCUUUAGGAUUCAUCGAUGGAUCUGGUGUAGUAUUCCGGUACAUAGAUAAUGUAGGAGGUUGCUAUGUGUAUACUACCAGUCCUGUUACAUCCAUUAUUCGUUAUUUAUUUGCUUCGUUAAUAUUUUGCACCAUUGUAGUUACAUCAAUUUGGACGUUUUGUUUCACUCGUAUGUUUAUGAAUAAUCAGUCAAUGAUAGUAGGAGAGAGUGUCUAUGCUUCAAAGAAGAAGAGGUUGUUUGGUAUAUUUGGGUCCAUGAUGGUAGUCUAUUGUAUAUUCUUCACUCCUGCCAUAUUCUUUAGUGCAUUAUUGGCUAUUGUUGAUUCUCCUGGUGUCCUGUCUAUGACUGCCCUUAUAUUCUUCUUCCUGGUCGUUGUCUUGAAUCCAGUUGUCCAAGCUUACUUCAGGCCAGAGAUCAAUAGUGUUAUUGUUAAUAUUGUUUGUUGUAAGAUAUUGAAAAAGAAACCUAACCCAGCAACUACAUUAAGUACUUUUAAUUCACUAUCUGCUACACUGGAGUUUAGUGUUAGCUCACUUGAUGUAUAAACAAUGUACAUUCAUUCAUCCUUUGACUCUAUUCUUGAGUAUAAAGAUUUUAAUGUUACAGACGCCAUGUGCAUGUAUGCAUCCAGUAUUACUAUUGCUUAUUCAUUAAUUUGUAAACUCCCUUCAUCGUUU